GUGUGGCAUUUUCAAGAUGGAGAGAGCUCCUUGUAAAACUUAACUUAGACAGAGACGCAGACCUUGCAUGUGUUUUAUUAGACAGGUGAGCAACAGUUUGGAUACCUUUACCGACUGAAAACGACUCUAUAUACUUAAAGAUAAACAGCUUAUUGUUUGAAAGUAUCGUUUUUGUAACUAUAGCCUACAUACAGUUUUAUUGCACUGCUUAGGUGAUUAACACUGGUUAAAGUUGCUUUAUAUUUUGUUGUUAAAGAUCAUCCGUUAUCAAUUGAGCAAUUGUUCAAAUCCAUUUGUUUACAGCGGUAAGUUUGUAAUGUUUUUUUAUUUUUAUUUGAGUGGGUCGAGUCGGUUUUCGGGCGAAAUACGAAUUUGCCGCCAUUCGUCUUUGCGCCAUUACGUCACGACUGUAUACAUAAAGGAGUCGCGUGUUUGGAUGCCGAUUUGUAACCACUUCUUACAGCAGCUGGAAUAAAUUAAACUUGUCAUUUUAAUGGCGGCUUGUAAUCAAGAAAGUGCAAAAUCAUCAUUGACAACUGGUGAAUCACCAACAGUAAAAAAGAAAAGAGUUCGGACUGUGGAGUGGCUACAGCAAAAAAGAGCAUGUAAUCGGGCCCAUGCGAAAACACGAAUAAAUAUUGGCAGGGCUUUUGAAAGGUGGCGUGAACUCCGUUUUUUGAACGGGUUUAAAACGGAUGCAGAGACGGCUUUUUUUCUGCUGGACAGCUAUGAUAGAUACACAUCCAUUUCCAAAACGUCGAAGCUUGGAAGGUCUGAACCUCCUCCACCGUCCGUUUCAAACAUCGGCUCUCAAAGGGUGUGUGGUGAACACAAAUCCAGCAGCGCCGCGCUGAAAAAGAGAGGACGACCGCGGAAAACAGCUGCACUGCAAACUGAGGAUUUAUCUCAGCCCAGUCCGGACCCCCACUCAGAUCAAUGUAAUGCCAGUGAAGACCUGCACUCAGACCACUCUCAGCCUAGUCCAGAAUGCCAGUCAGACUCUGAAUCUCAGCCUAGUCCGGAUCCCACACCCACAAACGUUGAGGUCCUUGGCGUCUGCUAUGACCUUCCUUCCCUAAGGCCAUAUAAACCAGAUAAACAAGCACAGCCUGAAAGACGAGAGGAUGGGUCUGAUCUAGAUGUCGUGAUUGGUUCCAUUGCACCAUCAUACAACUUUGUUCCUCAUAGUUCGUCUUCAAGCACGACUACAGAGGAAGACAAUGCAAUGCACUGGGAGGAAAUAAAGGAUGAACUGGCACAGACUGCACAGCGACUGGAAGAGCGUUUAGAUGCCAUGAGGUCCUUUACAGAUGUAAAAUUAGAACCCAUUUCAAUGACAAUAGGAAAAGAAGAUCAGAAGAAAUGGGUGGUCAACAAAUCCAGCUUGACAGGACUGUUUAGGACAUGCCAUCAGUGUGGAGAGCCGGUUCUGGAAUUUAAAACUUUAACAUCAGGGAGCCUCAUCCGCAUUCAGUGGGAAUGCUCAAAGGGACAUCUCAUGUGGCUCUUCCCAAACUACAACCCAACGUAACAGACACUGAAACCAGAUGUGGAUAAAUGGACUGCAAAGUAUGUAUCUAGGUUUAAUAAAUUGUGAAGAAAUAAAAGUUUUUACUUUGGAA